AUGGAGUUCGAGAAGAUAGUUAAUAAGCAAGUUGUGGCCGAGUUAUCUACUAAGGGUGUCACAUGGAUCUUUAACCCUCCGUAUGCGUCCCACUUUGGGGGCAUAUGGGAGCGCCAGAUAAGGUCAGUGCGUAGCAUUCUUGGCGCACUCCUUCAACAUCAGGUACUCAAUGAAGACAACCUUCGGACACUGCUGUGCGAGGUUGAAGCAAUUUUAAACAGCAGACCCCUCACUAGAUCAUCAGAGGAUCCCCAUGAUCUAGAGCCCAUUACUCCAGCUCACAUCUUGACAUUGAAGGGAUCAGUUACAUCUCCAGGAGUAUUCCAAUGGCAAGACUUGUACGUUAAGCAAAAAUGGCGCCAGGUGCAGUAUCUUGCUGACCAGUUUUGGAUUCGUUGGCGCAGAGAAUACCUUCCUUUGUUGCAGGAGCGACAGCGAUGGAACUCAAAACGACACAAUCUCGCCAUCAAUGACGUAGUUCUGGUGUUGGACAAAGACACUCCCCGAGGUUCUUGGUCUUUGGGCAAAGUACUGGAGGUGGUGAAGUUUCAGAGCUGGCUAGUGAGAAAGGCUAGAAUCAAAACCAAAUCCGGAGAAUACUUGCGACCUAUUUCAAAGUAA